GCGGGGCCCACCCUGGAGGUUCGUCUCCUCGCGCAUUGCCAUCGCCGAGCUCCCGAAAAUGGUGCGGUAACGGGAGCAAUCGCAGAAGAGGACUGGAGGAGAUCGAUUCCCCAUUGAGGACGUGAAAUUGGAUUCUGUGGCAGAAGAAAGAUCGAUCGAUCUGGUUUGGUCUGGUCUCCUGUAAAAGAAUUCUCCCAUGGCGCCGCCGGCCACCUCGCUCAUCGGCGGCGGCGUCGGCGGCGUCGCCUAUGUCGUUCUGCUCUUGUUCCUCGCCAACGCCUGCGUCUCGGAUGCUGGGUUCGAGGUAUCCAGCCGUGUUCUGAUGUCAGAUGAGCAAGGAAGAAGUGGGUUGCUGGCUACAUGGAGGCGAUUGAUCGUCGAGACACCGUCGCCGGGAGCCGGUGCUGACGCUGCUCAUCCAGGAACCAAAUCUCUUCCGCUGGCCGCGGCGAGGACUCACCGGAGAGACCCCCUCGCCAACCUCACCAUGUACAGCGGCGGCUGGAACAUCAGCGACCAGCAUUACUGGGCUUCUGUGGCAUACACCGCGGUUCCCCUCAUCCUCGUCGGCAUGCUGUGGUUCAUCGUCUUCGGGAUCGUCCUGCUCAUCAUCUCCUGCUGCUGCUGCUUCUGCCGGAAAAAGUACAACACCUACUCGCCGGCGACCUACUUCAUCUCGCUGAUCCUCCUCAUAAUAUUCACCUUGGCCACAAUAGCCGGAUGUAUCAUACUGCAUUGUGGGCAGGAGCUAUUCCACAGUAGCACGAUCAAAACCGUGGACUACAUUGUCGGACAAGGCAAUCUGACGGUGGAUAGUCUGAGGAACUUCUCAGGUAGCUUGGCUGCAGCCAAGAACAUCGGGGUGGAUCAGGUCUUCCUACCAGUUCAAGUGCAGCAGAAGAUCGACGUCAUCGAGGAUAAGCUGAAUUCUUCUGCAAAUGAGUUCUCCACGCGCGCGCUCGAAAACUCCAAGAAGAUCAAGCAUGUGAUGGACAAGAUGCAGUACAAUUUGAUGGUUAUUGCAGCUGUAAUGCUUGGCCUUGCGAUAUUCGGAUUCCUCUUCUCCAUCCUGGGGCUGCGGUUUCUUGUUUCCCUGCUGGUGAUCGCUGGCUGGUUCGUUCUCGUCAUCACAAUCAUGAUGUCUGCUGCUUUCCUCCUCCUGCACAACGUGGUCGCCGACACAUGCGUGGCCAUGGACGACUGGGUGACGCACCCGCAGGCGCACACGGCGCUGGACGACAUCCUCCCCUGCGUCGACGUCGCGACGGCGAACGAGUCCAUGUACCGGAGCGAGGAGGUGACGGUGCAGCUGGUGGCGCUGGUGAACAACGUCAUCGUCAACAUCUCGAACAGGGACUUCCCGCCGUCGUUCCGGCCGCUCUACAUCAACCAGUCCGGCCCGCUGAUGCCCAAGCUCUGCGACCCCUUCAACCCGGACAUGAGCCCCCGGAAAUGCGCCCCCGGCGAGGUCAACUUCGACACCGCGGCGGCGGAGUGGAAGAAGUUCGAGUGCCAGACCACCGGGCCGCCCGGGUCCGAGGUGUGCGCGACGGAGGGGAGGGUGACGCCGGCGGCGUACGGGCAGAUGACGGCGGCGGCGAGCAUCAGCCAGGGGCUGUACCAGUACGGCCCGUUCUUGAUGGAGCUCCAGGACUGCAGCUUCGUCCGGGAGACGUUCACGGCGAUCAGCGACAACAACUGCCCGGGCCUCGAGCUCUACAGCCGGCACGUCUACCUCGGCCUGCUCCUCAUCUCCGGCGCCGUCAUGAUGUCCAUCGUCUUCUGGAUGGUGCACACGCGGCAGCGGCGGCGGCGCUCGCUCGGGCUCGGCAGGUAGAUGUGAAGAGUGAUACUGUACAUCGCAAUAUGGCAUGCCUGCCAUGGCAGCCAUGCCCCGCACCUGUUCAUCAAUCUGAUCUGGUGAUUUGUACUAUAUGAUGUGAAUGAUGUCAAUAUCGAGUAUAUUUUGGAAGUGAAAAAAAGAAAAUGUUUAGCUGCUC